AUGGAUGAUGUUGAAGAGUUCUUGGGUUCCACUGUUAUUGCAUGGCUCAAGUACACCAGAGAAACGCUUCGGCAAUUGUUUUAUAAUGUUCGGACUGCUCCAAAUGUAAACAUUCUAGAAAUUUGUGGGAGGCAAAAGUUGGAAAUGUUGGUCUUGGGCCAUAAUUCUGUCACAGGAGUCGAGCCCAAAUUUCAGAGAUUUCCUUGUGUGAAAUCUCUUUCUUUGAGGUACGUUAGUAUUUCAGCAUUGGAUCUGAGCCUUUUGCUGAGUGCAUGCCCAAAGAUUGAAACCUUAGAACUUGUCAACCCAGAGAUAGCAAUGUCAGAUGCACAAGUGACUGUUGAGCUGGGCAGUCCAACAUUAAAGAGCAUUUAG